AUGUAGCUGCAACACUUGUGUAGGGCUGUGAGAAUGGAGGAAAAGUUGCAUGCCAGCAGCAGCGCGGUGCUGCACCAUAGUCAUAUCCAUACAUAUAUAGAGCGCAUUUCGUCGCUGGAGCCAGCGGCUGUAGAACUGAGCAGCGCCGCGCAAAUCCUUGGCGGUCUGGCUUCGGCGUUCCAGAGCGCCUGCUAUGGGCGCAUCGCCAACGACUAUGCAGGGGGGCGGCAGGAGGCUAUGCAGGACUGCGUGAAGCUUGCUGGCAGCACAGUGUCGUGGAUAUCGCAGGGUGUGGCGACAGCGAUGGCUCUUGAGGCGCCCACAACAUGCUCGUCGCUCAAGGACUUUGUGGUGGCAGCGCUAGAACUGGCGUCUUACGCGUUUUUCUCCACCGAGUGGUAUUCGGCGCUGGGGCCGCAGCUGUAUGUGACCCUGGGCAACGCUGCUCGUGCCUACGUCAAGGACCUGGCGCCGGCGGCGUUGGAGGCAGCUGACGCGUGCUGGCGGGCGGUGGAGCCGCAGCUGGACACGUGCGGCGGCCAGGAGCGACUGGCGGCGUGCCGGGCGCUGGUGGCGGGCCUGGCUGAAGGGCUGCGGCUCCUGGCCAAGAAGUCGGCGGAGAGCAUCAAUGACCCCCAGGUGCCACGUGAGAUGCGCUCGUUCGGCGGCGUAAAUGUGCUGUGGACCAGCCUGACGCGGGCGCUGACGGGGCUGCCACCGGACGGGAUGCCGCAGCUGCUGAGCGGCGGCGUGGUGGCGGCUGUGCUCCGCGGGCUGCUGGGGCACCUGGUGGCGGAGGCGCGCGCCCUGCCCGGCAGCGGGCCGGCCGACUUCGACACACGCAUCAAGGUGGCGCGCUUCUGGCUGCAGCACAUCGUCAAGACGGUGCAGGCGCACCCAGCCGCCGGCGCCGGCUGCUGGCCGGAGCUGUGCGCAGCUGCCUCCGACAUGUACCGACACAUCGCCAGCUGCGGCUACGCCGCCACCGGGGCCGGGGCCGCGGCCGCUGGAGCAUCGGGGCAGCCCGGCUCGCAGCAGCCUGGCGCGGGCGCGGGCCCGGGGGCGGGGGCUGCGGCCUCGCCGCAUGCGAGGGCGGCGCAGGAUCUGGAGUCGGUGGUGAUGCUAAAGCUCACCUCGCUCAUUGCCAUGACGCUAGAGGCGGCGGCGCCGGUGCUGGCGUGGAGCGGCUUCCCGGCGGCAGGGGCGCCGCCGGCGGGGCCGGGGACGGGCGGGCAGCAGCCGGGGCUGGUCGCGGCGAUGUUGCCCGCGAGCCAGCACGACAUCCAGGAGCGGCUGUCUCAGCUAGAGGCCCUGGCGCGGCCCAGCUCUGCCUCCGCCCCGUCCACACUGCCGGCAGCAGCAGCGCCGCCGCCGCCGCCGCCGGCCGCCUGCUGCGGCGCGGUGAUGCUGGCCCUGGCGCUGAUGCAGCGGGCGGCACACUUGGGGCCGGACACCCGGGCGGCCAUGGCGGGGCGGCUGCUGCCGUGGGCGGGGCACGCCGUGUCGACACGGCUGUACGACUUGGCCUUGGAGCUGGGCGGGCCGGCGGCGGCCGCCCCCUGCCUGGACCUGCCCCACCAAAUGGCGGCGGCAGCACUGACGCUGACGGCCGUUGCCGCCGAUGCCGCCAGCCAUCCCCACCAGCAGCAGCAUCAACACCACCCACAGCUCGGCGCUGCCCCGGCGGCGCCGCCGCCGCCGGGCGGGCAGGACGUGGACACGUUCCAGGUCGCGUGCGGCGUGCUGUGCAACUGGGGCAGCUGCGCGCACCCGCUGCUGUCCACCGCCGCCGCCGACGUGCUGUCCACGUUGGUGGCGCACUGCCAGCCGGCGCUGGGCGGCCGACUCACUGCGGCGGUUGCGCGGUUGGCGGGGCUGGCGGCGGCGGCCGAGGCGGCGGCAGCGGUUGCGGUGGGACACGUCGUGGAGGGGGCGGGCGCGGCGCGGCGGCUGGAGCGCCUGCUCUCAUCCCUGAUAGCGGCCGCGCCGCCCGGGGCCGGGGCCACCUGGCGCCAAGUGCUGGACCCCCACCUCCACUUCAGCGCCACACACGGCUCCGCCGCCGGACCCGACACCUGCAGCGCCGCCACCGCCCGGGCGCUGUGGGGAGCCGCCGCCGGUGCAGCUGGCGCCGCCGCCGCCGCAGCGGCGGCGGGCCACGCGGCGCCAACAACGCAGGGCAGCGCUGGGCCACCGCUGGGGUCUGGGCGGGGCUGCGUAACGGAGCAGGAGCUAGCUGCUCGAGCCAGUCAGCUGCUGACGGCGGUCAAGCAGGCGACGGCCAUCCUGACCGCCGCGGCGCCGGGCGCCGGCGGCACACCGGCCGCGGCCGCCGCGGCGUCGCUGCUGCGGCCCUGGCUGGCGCAGCUGCUUGGCUGCCUGGAGGUGACGUUGGCGCAUGCCCAGUCGCUAGCCACGUGUGGUGGUGCGGGUGCGGGUGAUGGGGGCAGUGGGGGCGGUGGCGCAUCCAGCUGUUCGGCGCUACAGCCGCUGGUGGCGCAGGCGGGGGUGGCGGCGGUGGAACUGCUGCAGACCCUGUCCGAAGACGCCGUCAACACCACCAGCACCAGCAGCUGCGGCGUCAGCGGCACCCCAGCCUCGCUGCAGGCCGCCCACGCGGCGGUGCGGCUGCUGGCACGGGCCGCGCCCGCCAUGCUGCCGGCGGCGCUGGCGGAGGCGGCUCCCGCGCUGACCCGGCUGGCGGAGGCGGGUCCGCCAGAGGUGGUGGCGGACGUGGCGGCGGCCGCCGAGUUCUGCACAUCCCCUCCGCCGGAGGCGCUCUUCCACGUGCUGCUGCGCCACCCGCACCCCGCCGUCACGCACGCCGCGCUGCACAGCAAGAUCCGCAUCUGCCGUACCGUGCCGGAGCAGCACAAACCCGCGCUGCGGCGCCUGCUCCCGCCCGACCCCUCCGGCGCCCCCGGCCCGCCGCCGCACCUGACUGCACUCAUCAAGUCGUACUGGUCACGGCGGCUGAGUGACGAGGAGGCGGCGGCCGCCGCCGCCGCGGCGUCGGCGCCGCGAGCGCGGGCGGCGGAGGCGGCGCGUCUGGAGGGCGCGGCGCGGGAGGCGUGCCUGCCCGACGCAGGCCUGGGUCGGCCGGCGGCGAGCUCGGCUCUGCAGCGUGCGGUGUCGCAGGGCGGCGAGGCUUUGACGGCCGCCGCCACCACCCUGGCUGCUGCUGCUGCUGCUGCUGCUGCCGCCUCUGCAGCCGCAGCCGCUGCCGCUGCAUCAUGCGUGGACGCCGACAUGGUGUGCGAGGGAGGUCUGGCAGGCCUUGGCGCGACGGCGCCAAGCGCCGCGGGCGCCGCCGCUGGUGGCGGCGCCGCGGCGGCUGGCGCCGCCAGUGGUCCGCUCAAGGGCUUCAUCGCGGAUGACAAGGCGGCGGUGGGCGGCGUGGCGGUGGCGCUGGGCGGGCUGGAGGGCUGCCUGCGGGCGCUGGCGGCGGCGGUGCGCGCGCAGGGGCUGCACCCGGGCCGCCCCUCGCAGGACUGGGACCAGCUGCAGGCCCACGUGCGGGCGCUGCUGGGCGACCUGUCCAGCGCCUCCAGCCGCAUCCGCACGUGCACCGACAUGCUGCACAGCCUGCAGGGCAGGUGACGGGCUGACGGUGCAUGGGCGGCGUGGCGGUGACGUGCUGCACGGCCGGCAGGGGCGCUGCGACGCGCGGGAAGCUGUGGUGAUGUGAAGGGGCGUGGAUGGUGGCGGUGCGUUAGGUGGAGCAUGAGGCGGCAGACAUAAGCGGUACCUUCAAGCUGUAACGAGGCUAGCGGGCUGUAGGUACAGGUGGUGAGGAGGAGGGCUGUGUGGCUUCAGGCCCGUGCGUGUUUGGGGGUUAGGCGAGGAAGGAGCAGCGCGUGCCGCUGCUGCAUGCUCCGGCAUGGCAUCGUGCGAUCGUGUGCUAAACUUCGGUGGGGCUGCCGGUCCGGUUGACGACAAAUGAUGACUGAGUGACUGGCUGGUGAUGCUCCUGAAUUGACUUGGCGGCGUGUUUCACCACGUGAAUACAG